GGGGGACUCGGGAGAAAGUAACUACAGGACGAGACCGAACCGACCCGAGGAGCCAAAAACCAGAGAAAAGAAGCGCGCCCAAGCGGCCCGGACACACGAGACCCCGAGCCGCGGGCGGGAGGAGGCGGGCGGGGGCCAGGGCCGGGGGGCCCGUGACCGCGCCGCCGCCGCCGCUGCCGCCGCGUCUCCCAUGUCCAAGGAGGGAAGAAGCAUGUCCCGACUCUCUCUCACACGGUCCCCAGUUUCUCCCCUGGCAGCUCAGGGAAUCCCGCUCCCAGCUCAGCUCACCAAGUCUAACGCUCCUGUACACAUCGACGUAGGGGGACACAUGUACACCAGCAGUCUGGCCACUCUCACCAAGUAUCCGGAUUCCAGGAUAAGUCGUCUAUUCAAUGGCACAGAGCCCAUCGUACUAGACAGUCUGAAGCAACAUUAUUUCAUUGACCGAGAUGGCGAAAUAUUCAGAUAUGUCCUUAGCUUCCUGCGGACAUCAAAACUUCUGCUGCCAGAUGACUUCAAGGACUUCAGCCUCCUGUAUGAAGAGGCGCGUUACUACCAGCUGCAGCCGAUGGUGAGGGAGCUGGACCGCUGGAAGCAGGAGCAGGAGCAGCAGCGCCGCGGCCAGGCGUGCGAAUGCCUCGUGGUUCGUGUGACACCUGACCUCGGCGAGCGCAUCGCCCUCAGUGGGGAGAAGGCACUUAUCGAGGAAGUCUUCCCAGAGACCGGGGAUGUCAUGUGCAACUCCGUCAAUGCCGGGUGGAACCAGGACCCCACACACGUCAUCCGCUUCCCGCUGAAUGGCUAUUGCCGGCUCAACUCCGUACAGGUCCUCGAGAGACUGUUUCAGAAGGGCUUUAGCGUGGCGGCCAGCUGUGGGGGAGGGGUGGAUUCCUCCCAGUUCAGUGAAUAUAUGCUGUGUCGGCAGGACAGAAGGCUUCAGCAGGCUCCGACCACGAUCCGGAUAAAGCAGGAGCCCCUGGACUAGGCCCCGCCGUCGCCAUCCCCGUGGAAGGCACCGAGGGGGUCAGAAAACAGUGUUAGCAACUUGGGUGUGGAGCUCCUUGGCCGGUCAGGGGUCUUCCUAAGAGGUGGUCACCCAGUCACUCCUCAUUGUAAAGCCCCGGAGCACGCCUGGCAGACGGACAGGAGGCUUUGUGGGGACGCCAUUGAAUGUGGUUUCUUCUCAGCAGUGGCGGCAUUGGACCUGACCGGCACUAACCCAGGGCUUGAGGGGUGCUCGACUGGGCUUUGGUGACAGGACAGUGUGGAAGAAGCUGGGCCGGCAGCCUUCCCAAAAUCCCCUCCCCCUCCCGAAGGCCCCAGGAGGGGGCCGAGGCCAGGGUGACGCCGCCAUGCCAGACGGUGCCUCAUCUGAGGCCUCGCGUCUUGCUGGACAUGCUCCACAUUUCCAUGUGUGUGUCUGAUGUCUGUGAUUGUUCAUGCUAGUAAAUGGCUUAUUUUUCUACGAUAUUUAAAAAUGAAAGUGGCUAUCUCUGCCGAGGUUGGAGAAACAGACAAGGACCAAUGCAUAUUUAUCUGGUGCUCAAUACUUUAAAAAAAAAAAAGGAAAUUGUCAGCGCGACUAAUCGCGGCCUAUUUUCAAAAGUAAGAUCCAUCUUGGGAACAGCCCCAGCCCAGGACAGGACCCCCCAAAUCAAGGCCAAAGUAUGGAAGCUUUCAUAUUAGCAAAACAGACCAAGGAAAAUGCCAGUCCUGUCUUGCCCACUACUCUUUUGUUCUGUGUGUAGGCAUCUUGGGUCCUGGUGCCCCUGCAGGUGGCAGAGCCGAGGGGUGGGGGUGGGGAGUCAGCACAUGCUCCGUCUUGAGCUCUAGGAGAAAAAGCCACCCUUUGUGCUCUUGUGCUGCAGGACAGGACCCAUCUUUGUUUCUCUUUCUCUGUUAAUUUAAAAGUAUUUUUGAAAUACUGACGGCGUGCUUGCCCUUCUGCUGUGUGUCUGUCUCUUUAGGGAAGGUCUCUCCCCAGCCCUUUCAUCUGGCCCCUACAAUGUUCCUUUAAUGAAAACAGUUAUCAUCUCUUCUGACUUAAGCAGCAGCUUCCGUAACUCAGGAGACAGCACUGUGUUUGCAGGUGCCAGCCUAUAAAUAGCGUUCUGUGAAAUCCUGCUCAUCGCUGUGUGGCGUGAUUGGGGGCCUCAGUCACUAAUUCGUGCACUAAUCACAAUUUAGUUUCUCCCACAUUAAUUUAUAGAAUCCUGUUGUAGACACUGAAUUUUAAUUAAACUGUUCUUAGACAAACUUGGUCAUUAAGGAGAGGGACGGAGCUCUUCUGGUGAUCUGGGGCCCCUCGGUCCAGAUGAUGAAUUCGACAGAAACGUAGACCCAGAACAGAAAUAAGUGAGCCCGGUGGGGCCUGUUCCCUCCUUUGUGCAAACAGGUACUGAGCCAGGCUUGUCUGGUGUUUGGGGGGCUGUAAAGCAAAGCUAGUCCUUCUUUGAUUUAAUAUAGUGUGACACUUUAUACGCUCACUGAUGGAAAAAGCUGACCCCAUCUUGCCGUAUCUGAACAGAUGGCACACCACUCAUCUUCCUCUGUAAGAUACCUGUAGAGUUGUAUAUUACGCAUUUAAUAUUGUAAAGAUCCUAAUGUAUAAUUGUUAUGUAUUCCUUACACAGUACUUCAUGCCAUAAACAUUUCUCUAAGGGACUGAAAUGCAGUCCUGAGGAUUGACCCUUGUCUCCCAUGUUCUGUCCCAGAGAGAAGUUUGGGUUGAAUUUCCUGGGAUCCGUUUGGUUUAACCAGAGAACUAACUGGCUUCGUCCAUUGGCCGGGGUGGGGUGGUGGGAAUUGUGUUCUUGGUGGUUCUUCCUAGGCCUGGGUGGGUGGGCACGCUUCAGUCUAGUUCCUCCAUUCCUGUCACACCCCUCUUUAUCUUGUGGUAACAGAGGUGCUAAACUCUAGUCUUGGUCCUAAAAGGAAACUGUAAGCGUUAAAGACAUCUCAUCAGUACCUCAUUUGGGAAAGGCAAAUGGAAACAAUAGGCAGAAAACUUUUUCAGGGUUUUUUUUUUUUAAGCUUAAGUUAAAAAUGUUUGGGUUUUGGUUUUCCUCUACUUCUUUCUAUUGGUGUUGACAGUAUUUUUGUGGCCCUACAGAGCAGUCGCUUAGAGCUCUGUGUGAAGGCCACAUCCUAAAGCCUCAUGGGCCCAGCCAGACCAGUGAGUUGGUACACACGUGCCGUGUGUAUGGUUUGGCCCAUAUCACCCCAACAUUUAGCUGCAAGCAGCCCUAACACAGAGGAAGAUGUAGGGAAGCAAUUACUCCGUUAGGAGAAGUACAUUUUUUUCCAAGGAAAAAUGUUUAAGCUAAGAUAUGGUCAUUUAGCUAGCAGUUCAGGUCAUUGAUUUUGAAUGUUUUUGUAUUUUUUUAUUUUUAAGAGGUUCUUUUUUUAUUAUUAUUUUAAAUCUCCAUCUUCCCUCCCUCCCCCAUCUCUUUCCUUUUCUAACAACAACGCCCACCAAAGCUAAUUUCCAUGUUUAUCAUAGCUAUGCUCAAUGAUAGCAACACAGACUGAAUUAGGAGUUUCUCUCCCUGCCUGUUAACACAAAAAACAGUAAGCCCCUCCAGAAAGGACAGUGUAGACAGGGGUGCUAUUCUGCAGAGCUCACAGUAAUUGGAAUUCUUCAGAAAAAUCUUAUUUGCUUAACAAAGCUGUUUGGAUUUUCUUUUUUUGCUCAACAACAAAACUCUGGUUUCCAUAUCUCCCAUCUCUUGGCCCCAGUGUCUGACAGAAGAAGGGAAUGGAGAACAUUAGGCCAUGCUUAUUUGGAUGGAAAGCUAUAGGAGAAGGCGGCACUGUGUGUCUUCCUUGACUUUUCUUGGCACCCAUGGUUGAUGGCUUUGUGAGACCAUAUCUGGCCUAGAAAAAGACUUAAGCACAACAGACCUUCAACAGCUAAAGAUUUGAGGAUUGUUAUUAUGUUGUGGUUACUGUCUUAAUAUUUUGAUGCAAAAAUGUUUCUGACCAGUCCAUAAAAUAACAAAAUGUGAUACAAAGUCAUACUCGAGAACAAAUUAACUGUACAUUACUGAAUGCAUUACUUUAGUAAACAGUUUUAUUUCUUUAUAAGUACAAAUAAGGAAGUAUGUUUUCACACAAAUUGAGGAACUUCUGAAUAAUGUACAGAAAUUGUCAAAAUAACAAUUCUAAUAAACACAAGGUCUUUGUAAACAAUAUGUACAAAUUAUCAAUACAUUUAAAACAUAUUUUUACACUUCCUGGUCUGAAUACCUUGUGAAUAAUCUUUUGGCUAUGUAGCAGCAAAUAUCAGUGGGUUUUUUUUUCCUGCUUUUCAUAAACUUGAAAAAAAAAGAAUUAUUCUUAUUUUAAAACCAUUAGACAAAGAGUUCUGUCUGUGCUUUUAUAAUUGUUCCCUCAAAAAGCUUUGCCUCCCAUAAAUGAGGCAUUAUCAAAACAAGGUCCAAAAGGUCAAAGGUCAUUGAGCAAAGGGACCCUACCACUACUCCUCCAGCAUCCCUGAAAGGGGGUGGUUGUUCUGCUCACCCAGGACUGAGGCCACCUCGUGUGAUGGCGACUUUAAAAGUCAAUGCACACAACUUUAAAAUCCAUCCUUAAACAGUUCUUUUGAAACCAGUAGCCUGUACUUCUCACAAUAAAUAAAAGAUAUUUUAUACCGAAA